CAAGUUUAGCUCUUUUUGCUCUCAAAGUUUUCAACUUUAUUGGGUUUUUAUUUCCAAAAGCUCGAGUCUUUGCAAAUUACAGUUGCACCCUCAGAGAGCUGACACGUGUAACUGGAGCUUUGUAUAUUGCUUAGAAUGUCAUGGCUUCUUUUACAACAGAGUGAGAAGAUCUGCAUAGAAAGCUAUCGCCAAUUUGAGGUGCUUGGUGUUAUGGAAACUCAGAUUAGACCUAUUGGGUUGUGCAAUUCCUUGUUUGUGGGAGUUUUCUUGGUGUUGCUUUCUGGCAUUGGCUUAUGCAAUGGUUCUUCUGCGGUUUCAGAUGAGGUAAAAAGGUGUGAUCCAAACUCUAAUGACAUUGACUCAAGCCUUAGUUGUAGUUCCAAGGAGUUUGUUUUGCAGUCUUACUAUGAAAAGUAUGAUGACAUACUAGAUUCAAGUUUCCAAGACUUUUUAGCAAAAGAACUUCCUAUUGGUUUGUGUAAAGUUCUGCCACAGAAUCUGAGUCUCGCUUUAAGACUCUCCAUUUUGCAUAGGAAUCUGAUAGGGAGUGGUUCUCAUCGUCAUCUUACCUCGUCCAUUAGACUUGAGAUUAAACAAGAUUCCAUGCUUGAGCUUCCCUCUCACCACUGUGAGGUUAUAGUCAUUGAAAGACUACCAUCUGGGGUUUUUGCCGAUCCAUUUGAGCUUCAACAUCUCCUUCAGCGGGGUGUGUACAGAAAUAUAGCUGUUUUUGGAGAUACAAAUCUAGAGUUGCCAUCUUUUCUGUCCAAUCGUUCUGCUGUUGAGGUUCACAUGGAUGUCGGUCAUGAUCUCUUACUGGGUCAGAGUAAAGAGUCCAACAUUGAUAUUGAGCUUCCUCUACAUGCACGAUAUCCGCCUCUAGAUGAAAGUGGCUACUGGGAAGUCAUAUUUGGUACACCUGAUUUCCUCAUGCGCUGCACUGUUGAGGGACAAUCACAUAAUGAAAGCUGUUUAUAUAAGAUACCAGAUAUUGAUGGUUCAGAAUCAACACCAGGCACAAUUGUCUGGAACAUACCUUCUGGGAUGAAGGCACAUGCUCGAUUGGUUUCCGUCGGUACUUUCAUUGCUGCCUUAAUUUCAGCCAUCCUGAUUGCUGUAACAUCCAUAUUUUAUUCAGACAACUCCAGCAAACAUUCGAAAGAAUCCUAGUUCAAUAUCAAAUUUGUAGCUAUACGUCUUUUUUUCUUUUUAGUAAAUU